CGCGCCGCCUGCGAGGGGCCGCGAGUAUUCUAGAAUCCUUUGAGGCGCUCCUGCCACUCGCCAGCGUCGUGGACCGAGGGAUACGAGGAGAGGAGGAGAAGGAGGAGGAGGGGGGGCGGCGGAAUCCCGGAGGCGCACUGCCGCCGCGCGCGCGGUUCACGGGUGGCACGUGGGUGCUCCCCGGCGAAGGCGGUGACCGCCGCCCACUUGGCCACGCACGCCGCCACGGGAUACGCCCAUACAUAACGCACGCACCCGCAGGCGAUCGUGUCUUCUCUUUGAAGAGAUUGAGGGGGGCGAUGGAGCAGGAGGACGGGAGGAGGAAGAGGGAGGCGGCUGCGGCGGGGACGGCGGCGGGGGAGGGGCAGGUGGUGGUGCUGGAGUGCGUGGCGGGGAGCUCCAAGGCGGAGGAGUGGGGCGGCGGAGCGGGCGUGGUGCAGGAGGGGGACGUGGUGGAGGCGGUCCGGGUGGGGCGGGGCUCCGGCGCGGCGGUGCUGGAGGCGCCGUUCAAGGGCGGGCGGGCCGCGCUGCAGAAGGCGAUGCACUCGGCGUUCAAGCGCGGGGACACCUCCGUCGAGGUGCGCGUCCGGGGAGGAAGGGAGCUGCAGGCCUGCGUCUUGCCGCACCCCGGCGGGGGCGGCGCCCCCGCCGGCGGCGGAGGCGGAGGAGGGGGGAAGAAGCAGUACGUGCUGCGGUCCCUGCACGACCCCAACUACGUGCUCGGCUUCGUCGAUCGUCUCGAGAGCGAGUGCCUCUUGUUGCAAGGCACGAGGAGCACAAGAGUUGCAUCAGCCCUGAGCAGGGCACAACUCCAGGAUGGUUACGUUGCAUACCCAUGGGAGAAGAAGAUGCGUGACUCAUUGCGCAUGCCCAACUCCAGCAGCUACCUCUCGAUGCUCGUCCUCCCCAAAGCUGUGGACUUGAAUUCAUGUCGAUAUGAGUCCUUUGAGGACACCCUAGCCCGUGCCAACGCAUGGCUAUACUCCUCGCAGGUCUCAGGAGUCCCCAUCGAGUUCAUGAAUGUGCAGAGUGAGGCUCUUCUCACCAAGAUAUCUGGAGAGACAGCUUCUGCCACUGUCAACUCAGGUUCAUUGUCUGAUUUGUCGAAUGUCACGAAUGCGACCCUCUAUGGUUUUGAGGAUUACCAUGGUGUGGACAUUGGGGUGGUGAAGGCAGCCCGGCUUUGGUACUGCUCCAUAGCAGGAGAAAUGCCGCUGGAGAUUCCACUUGAAGAAGGUGACACGAGACUAGGAUUUGCCAUCAGCCGUACAGAAGAGGGUUUUAUCUUCAUAUCUUCAGUGGUUGACAAUGACAAGGACAAUGAGGCACCAUCGACGCGGUCAGGGCUCCGUGAUCUGUUUAACCAGGCAAAAGAGGCAUCAAAACUGCUAGUCAUCUCAAGGGUGUCCAACGAGAAGGUCCUCCCCUGGAUGAUCGCCAGCUCUGGAGCGAUCCGUUGCUUCGACACCAUCUCCCUCAGCCAAAAGCUUUCCUUGCACCGCCUUGCGGUGCGCCCCAUCCAGCUCCACCUGCUCAUGUGGGAGAAGCCUAGUGAUCAUGUAGAAAGAAUUAUUCGCUCUCCGAAACUUCCCCCACAAUCUGAGCUACCUCAAGUACCCUGGAACCUAAUUGAGAGCCUUGAGCCUGGAGUAGACGCUGAAGAGGACUAUGUGGGGGAUUUGUCAUUUCGGCUUGAUGAUCUUUCUGUGGGGAGCAGCUGGGUGUGAUCUUUCAUGCUGCAGGCUUCUAAUGUGCAUAUGUAUGUCUUCAUUUUACAUAGUUUUCUUGGCAAUAUGCUCAGUUUUGUGCCAUUUUAAGUGUAGAUGCCUGUCUAGAAAUGUCCAGAACAUCACUAGGUUUCUGGAGACACCAGAAGAGAGGCUUUCAUAAGAUCUGAACAUUAUGUCGUGAUGCAAUGUUUUUGUUGAUCAUGACAUACCAUUGGAGGAAUACAUAAGCAUUUCAAUACUUGUCUAAGAAUUCUCCCACUUCUGGGCUUGUUAAAGUUACUUGCAAACAUAUUGAUCAACAUACAUUUCUGUACUUUGCACUGAUAAUAAAAUUUGUUAC